GCAAACCUCAGCUCCACCCACCAGCAACGCCUCCUAAGACUUUUUUACAGACAGAGUUUACGCUCGUCACUCGACAAACACUGACGGACUUUUCACAGUAGCGGGAACAACAACAACAACAACAAGUUAUUGGACUAUGCGUUUUCACGUGUCAAUGGGUGUAUUGGAAGCUGCGUUGCUGGUUCUGCUGGCAUGCUGCCAGCCCUUUGUCCAAUCUGAUAGUGGCAUUUUGGUCCCACCAGAGGUCUCGCAGCACAAUGACACUCUGUAUGCAGCCUGCAAAAUGAAACCCAGCACCUCUCUGCCCGAGGGCCUGCCCAAAGUCUACGGUCAAGUGCUGUUUAAACAGGAUUAUCCUCAUGGAAAACUCGAGGUCCUUCUCCGGUUUAAUGGCUUCCCCAAAGUGGACCAUCCAGAGCCCAGAGCGGUGCACAUCCAUCAGUACGGAGACCUAAGCCGAGGAUGUGACUCCACUGGUGGCCACUACAACCCACAUGGGGUACAACACCCCAACCAUCCUGGAGACUUUGGCAACUUUGUGCCCCAGGAGGGAAAAAUCUACGCGAUAAUAGAAUCUGAGGCAACUCUGUUCGAAGGGCUGUCUGCGAUAGGACGGGCGGUGGUGGUCCAUGAAAAGGUAGACGACCUGGGGCAAGGUGGAGAUGCUGGGAGUCUGCUGCACGGAAAUGCUGGCCGGAGGCUGGGCUGCUGCGUCAUUGGACUUUCCUCUCCCGGCCUCUGGAAUCUGCACCACAAGCAGUACAACAGGCGGCUGAGAAGAAAUUAAUCCCACAGAAGUGGCAAAUAGUAGAAAUCAGCUUACACGCUCGACCUUUGUAUCCACCUCAUUCAGCAAACCACUGGUCUGGUAAAAGACCUCCUGAAAGCAUCCAUUUAGUACACUACAUACAGUACAAGCAGCACUGAGCUUUUCGGGGCAGUGUUUUAUCAUAUUUUGGACCAAAAUAUUUAUUUAGCAGAAAAUCUAUUUCAUACCCACUCAGCUCUCACAAUGAAUAUGGCUGCAUGUCAUAUCACACUUGUGACAUGGUUUCUUUAACCACAGAAAUACAGUGAAGAUGUCAGAGCUAAUUAUUUUCAUAUUCUCAAUAUAUUCAUCAAGAAUAAAUGAAUAACUAGUUAAUUAGUACACGUAUGCGCUGUGCUUGGCAUUAAACAGAUGUUAGUUAUCAUUAGCCGGUAGCAUAAGUUGCAACAGCAUAUUGAUAAUCUUCAUUUAGGGGUUUUGUAAUAAAGUGACUCCAGACAGAGUCUAAAGGGUUCACAAACUAAAUCUAAUAAAAAUAGAAGCAUGUUAUAGUUAUUUGCAUUAAAGGCAUGCGUAUCUGCAUUCAUGAAUCAAUAUUAAUGCAGAACCAUUAAUACUCCUCGAAAUAGGGUCUAUGUCUUUUUAUAGCGAGACCACGCUUGAACUAAUCUAGAUAAACAACAGAUAGCAAUUUAAUGAAUUAAUAGUUAUUAAUAAAAAUAAUAAUAAUAUUAAUUGCCAUCGAUAAAACUGAGACAGUCUCUAAUGUUAUCAGGUCUGUCGCAGUGUCAGUGAGCUUUGUUGUUGUCGUUGUCUGAAGAACGAUGAACACAAAACCAUAUCUUUUUAACGUUUUAUGAAACAACCAGUAAUGAAUGAAUAGAUAGAUUGACAAAAUUACGUGUGUGUGUGUGUGUGUGUGUGUGUGUGUGUGUGUGUGUGUGUGUGUGUGUGUGUGUGUGUGUGUGUGUGUAAUGAAAUGAACACUUUAUAUGAAGAGAUAAAUGAACAUAUGUAUGUAGAUGAAUAGAGGAAUGAGCCUUAAAACCUAAGAGUGUGUGUUAAAAAGAGUGUGUGUGAUGAAUUUUGAAAUCAGAAAAGAGCAUUUGUUAUUCAUUUCUAGAACUUAAAACAUAGGAAAGGCUCUGUUUCAGCACGUUGAGGAAACACCAGCCUUCUCAUUGAAAUCAAGAGAGAUAUUUUAUCUUGCCUGACCGAAGCAGUAGGAAGCUUUUAGCGUCCUUCGGUACUUGUGGAAAGUUCUGCCAAGUCCAGUCAUCCCACUAGGAAAUGCUUUGGCUUUGAGUUGGUUAUGUCUUAGUGAGGCAGGCCUGGAUCACGUGGGAACAUCAGCUGGGUGCGAGGAAGCAGCGCUACUUCUCAGCUUAAGAGGUGAAAAUGACUAGUUGCUGACUUAGACUACUUCAAUUAAAACAAUGAAUAAAAAUAUAGCUGAGUUUA